AUGGCUACCAUCGAGCCACGCUUGAUACACCUGCUGAACGACACUAACGUCACGCACUCGCCUUCUCGCGAUCUCCCUCCCAUCCAUUCAUUCUCCUUCAGAGAUGGCGGACAUCCUGUGUCUCUCCCUCCUCUCGAUCUGGAUGUCGGCGCCAGCCAGCGGAACGACAAGGCCUCCUCCCAAGUCCACACCCCUUUGAAACAGUUGCCACCCUUCUUCGAGCUCGGGAACGAGGAUGUAUCGCCAGGCCUAGUCCCUUCGCAAGAGGCCGGCGACCAAGGCACUCCCAAAACCAAGAGAUCCGGCCACUCGCUGCGCAUGCUCCUCGACCACGCCGAGAAUGGCGAUUCCUCAGCCCCUCUUCACAGGAUACUAGUUGACACAGAGGAAUCCCUGGACGAGGGGGCGCCGAAGAAGCGCCACCGCGCACUUACCGGCAAGGAUGAGCUCAUGCAAUUGCCCCAGCCGCUCAAGAGACAAAAGUCCACGCAGGAGGUCAAGAUUGCGCCGAUUAACAGCGAUCUUUCCAAUCAGCCACGCCCCAUGCCUCCUAUCAUCAGCGGCCUGCACCAACCCCCGCCAAGUGCCGCUGCCCACCUCCUCCCGCCUAUAUCAUCUGCCGGCUUUGGUGGUGGCGACAACGCGACCCCCAUUGGUCCCUUGCACGGGUUCGACUCCGCAACUCAUGACGGUCCCGGCCCUCCAGCACCUGCAGAAAGCGACAAGAAUGCUUCCGGCAAGGUCAAGCGGAGAGCUGCGAAACCGAGGAGGAAGUGGUCCGAAGAAGAAACCAACCACUUGCUAUUAGGAGUCAGUAAGCACGGUGUGGGCAAGUGGACGACCAUUCUUGAGGAUCCGAAUUACAAGUUCAACGAGCGCACUGCGGGGGAUCUGAAGGAUCGAUUUCGAACGUGCUGCCCAAACGAGUUGAGGACCAAGAGAGGCAACAAAGAGUCACAUUUGCCCAUUGAACCCGAUUUGGAGCCGCCACUACGUACCAAGACGAGUCUCCAGCUUGAGAACAUCUUGGUUGACGCCGAUGAUCCCGAUUCGGCCAAGGCAAAUCCGGGUGCUCAGCAGGAGUCCGAUGCCGCCCCAAAGCAGAAGAAGAGCCGGGCGCAUCGCAAGAAGCUUGAAGAUCUAGAGGAGCUGGGUAUCCGAGGACCGUUCAAAACGUCGCAUCGACGGGUAAGGAAGCCCUUCUCUGAACAAGACGAUAAGGACAUCCUGGAUGGCCUUGAACACUACGGACCAGCCUGGACCAAGAUCCAGCGAGACCCAAGAUUUGGUCUUUCUGGCAGACAGCCGACAGACUUGCGCGACAGGGUCCGCAACAAGUACCCCGAAACUUACGCCCGGAUUGAGAAGGGUUCCUUCCACCCCAAGGAGCCUGCUCGAAACACUGGCCCCUUGGAACCCUCAGUGAACACCUCUAUCAAGAACCCCUUACCCUCCUCAUCGGGGUCAUUGGAGAGACCUUUAAACCACGCUAGUUCCAGAGAGAAAUGGACGGUCCUCUCUGGUAGUCUUGACCUUUUCGAUGUCUCCAAUGCGCAUGGUUUCGCAUCAUUUGGAAGCGCGGGAGAGAUGGACAUCUCAAGGCUGCUGCUUGACGAUGCUCAUGGUCCAGAAGACAGAUAA